CGGUGUGAUGGUAGUUACAGAUUGAACUUUCUUUGGUCGGGACGUCGACACGUGCUUUCUUAUACUUUUGACCUUUAAUUGUUUUAUCGAUUUUAUUGGAUCUAUUACACAAGUGUUCAGCACGAAAAAAUCGUGAAUAUGCCGCGUGUUAUUCGCGAUUCUGAUGAUGAGGUUGAAACUAAAAGUUGUAUACGAAGAACACGUGCUUCAGCCGCAGCAAGUAUUCAAGACUCUCCAUUGCGACGAAAUACUAGAAGUAGUAAACAAUUAUGUACCAUAGAAUCAUCGCCUGAAUCGUUAAAUGAUAGUAAUAUCCAACCAAUAGGUCCUACAACACGUAGUCGAAUUGCUACAUUAGACAAAGGAAUGGCAGUUAAUAUAGUAAAGAGUUUAAGAUCAAGAAAAAAUUCUGGUUCAUCUGAUGUAAGCGAAAUAAUAGAAGUAGAAAAUGAUACAAUUGAAAAAAGAGUUACAAGACGAAAUAAAGCAGGCCAAUCUCUUAGUGGAACUCCAACAAAGGCUAAUCUUAGAUCUCGUAAUAUAAGGGCUGGUUCCGAAGCAAAAUCUACACCUCCUGCAUCUAGAAGUAGACGAGUGACUAGGUCUAGUUCAGUGGAUCCUAUAGGAAAUUUAAAUGAUUCAUUAGGAACACCAGUGAAAAGAAGAACAAGGGCAUCAAUAGUACCUACACAACCCACUGUAACAGAAGAUGAAGAAAUUAAGAAUAUAGAUUCUAAAAGUUUACAAAAUACUGUAAUAGAAAUAAAUGAAAAUGACUCUGAAAUUUCCAUGGUUUUCAAUAAAGAAAAAUCUAAUAGAAAUUCAUUAAAUAAUGCAGUUGAUGCAAACAAGAAUAUAAGCGUUAAAGAAAUAUUCAAUAAUUCAGAGAAGUUUGCAUUGGACUCAUCUAAGAAAUUAGAGGAUAGUAUGACCUAUAAAUCAAAUAACUCCAAUGAAACUAUUGAGGAAUCAACAAAUAAAUCUCUUACAAUUCUUUCUGUUUAUAGUAUAUUAGAUAAAAAUAAUACAAAUACUUUAAGCAAUAACUCUAAUUUAAAUGAUGAUGAAAGUGAACGUGUUGAUGUAGAAGUUUGUGAUUCACGUUUUACCAAUGAAUCCAUUCAAAUAAACGAUUUGGAGUAUAAGGAUGAAUUAAAUUUAGAUAAGAUAGAAUUAAAUAUAAAAGAUUCUUAUGUAAAAUUAAAUCGGACUAAUGUAGUUGAAAAAUUAUUAAAUCAAAAGAAAGAUGAAAGUAAAACCAAUAACGCUGAUGGUGCGUUUACCCCUGCAAAAACGGAGGAUAAUGAAGAAGCAAAUAAAUACCAUAAAUCACAAGAAAAUUCCUUUGAGAAUGAAGAAAUAACAAACAAUCAAACACACAAAAUCGAAUCAGAUGACAGUGAUUCUGAUAACAGCCUUGGAAAAUUAUUUCAAGAUAUUCCUGCUGAAGAAUGGUGUCAUCAAACGAAACAAAAUAGAUCGUCAUUUUCUGAAGUUUCAAACGAAAAUGAAAAUGAAGUUGAAAUAACUAUGAAUAAUGCAAGUAAAAAUAAAAAGGAUUCAUCUUUUAAAGCAUCUAUGAUUCAAGAAGACAAUUUAAGAACAAAGAAGAAUAGAAAAUCAUUUGAGGAAAAACAAACAAACAAAUCAUUAGAAUAUAAAUCAAGAGAUUCAUUAGAGAAAGAUACAAAUCAGUCGCAUUUAUACAGAAUUAGAAAAUCUUAUGAAACCAAAAGUGAAAAUAAUCAGUCAAUGACUUUUAACGAUACAGUAUCAAAGAAAAUUAAUUCUGAAAUUCAAGAAUGUAAUACAGCAGAAAUAGAAGAUGAAAAUGAAUCUCCUAAUAAAAGGCCUUUAUCUAUAAAUAAAUCCUUAAAGACAAAUCAAUCAUCAUAUGAUCAAACAGAUGAAAGUAUAUCAGAUAAAAUGUCAUCAUCGAUAAAUGAAAAUAAAUCUCUUCAAAAAAGUCAUACAUCAAUUGAUACUUCAUUACGUUUGAAUCAAUCAUCAUUUGAAGAAAAUGAAAAUAAGAGUAUUUCAGAAGAAUUCACAAACUCUGUGAAUAAUUCAAAAAUAAUAACAAAACAAUUUACAAGUGAUACAUUAUGUAAAUCGUUAAUGGAACAAAGUAACGAACGGUUAUCAUAUGAAGUAAUGGAUGUAGAUGAAGAGAAAAAUGAGAGUAGAGAAAUAUAUAACAAAUCUUUAAAUGAAAGUAAAGAUCUUAAGAAGAGUCCAUUUAAUAAAUCAGUUUCAAAAAAUAAAAGUAUAUCCGAUAAUGGAAUCAAUUAUUCCGUACCAGCUAAACAUCUAUCAACUAAUAAUUCAAUUAGUUCAUUAGAUGAACAUCAAAAUCAAGAUAAAUCGUUUAAUGAUGAAGUUGAAAUGAUCGAAGAUAUCGAUACUGAUAAAAACGAAAAUGAUGAAACUAAUAAUAAAUUGGAAAAGAAAUACCGUAAAUCAUUAAAUAAAAGUAAUCUAUCUAAUCAGUUGAACCAGUCAGAUCUACGACAGAUAAAUGGAAGUUUGAAAGAAAAAUUAUCGGAUUCUCUCAAUAAAUCGAAAAAAUUAAAAAAUAGGUUAUCGGGUAGAUUGCAGCCAUUGAAUGACUCAUCUAAUAAAUUGCUAAGUAAAAAUCAAUGUUUGAAAAGCGAAUCAGAUAAUGAAAUAGAAGAGAAUGACGAAAAACUUUCUAAUAAACAAACAAGUAUAAAUUUAUCUAAGUCAUCUAAUGACAUAUCAUUAAAUUUAUCCAAGCACAAUGAGUCUACAGUAUCUAAUGUUAAAAAUGAAAUAUCGUUAAAAAAUAAAUUGUUAAAAAAUACCCAUAAUAAAUUAGCGAUUCAAUCCGAUUCAGAUGAAGAUAUUUCAUCAGAAACAAAUAAUGAAAUAAUAAAUACCAAUAAUAAAUCUUUAAAUAUUUCUUCAAAAAGUAGUAUGUCAAUUCAUAAUAGUUCUGUAAAAUCAAUUCCGUCGAGUUUCUCCAAAAAUUCUACUACGGAAAAUACUGAGAAUACUGAUGAAUCAGUUUCCAAUGACAAUUUAAAUAAAACUGAAGAAGCCAGUAUUAAUUAUGGUAAUGGUCAAAAUCAAAUGAACUUAGAUAACUCUAUUCCAAAGAAUAGCGAGAUGAUUAAGUUUCCAAAUUUAAUGAAGCAAGAUGUAUCAAGUACAACUCAGCUAGAAUCUGAUUCUGGAAAUAGAGAAAUACCAGAAUAUCAGCUUCAUAUGACUGAUGAAGAGUCUGAUACCUCAGAAGAAGAUAAAGAGAAUUCAUGUAGUAAAGAGAUUGAUUCAGAUAUUGCUAAAGAAUACAAUCUGUCAGGUAAGAGUAUAAAGAAAUACUCUGAUGACGAUGUACCUGGAGAUGAUUGCCGAGAAUUUUCUGAUGAUGACGAUGAUGGUAACGAUUUAACUGAUUUUAUUGUUCCGGAUGAUCAAGUUGAACAAUCAGAAGAUGAAAGUGAUGAUGAAGAAAGUGAUAACGAGGAUGACAGCGAAGACAACGAAAUUAAUGAGGCUCAAGCGUUACAUUCAGUUAAAGAGGAGAGUCUAAAUAAUCUUAAAUUAAAUAAAAAUGAAAGUCUUAAUAAUUCUAAAUUAAAGAAUAAUGCAAGUUUUAAUAAAUCAAAUUCCAUCAAGGAUAAAAGCACCUUACAAAAUCUUUCUAAAUCAGUAAAAAGUGAGACUCCAGAGUCGCGUAAAAGUAUUACCAAGGAUUCAAAAUCAUUUAAUGAUAAAAGAAGUGAUACUUCAGAAUCAGAGUAUUCUGAAUCAUUGAACUCUGAUACAGAAGAAAUUACAAAGAAUGUGACAUCUGAUACAAACAAGAAUAUGAACAUUGCAUCUCCAUCGUCAGAAUCGGAAUCCGAAUCCGAGGACGGCGAAGAUUCUUAUCAUGUAAUAACAGUUGACCAAACGAAUACAAGUUGUUCUCGUUCAGUUUCCUCAAAAACGAAAAAGGUGACACCUUUAAUAGAGUGUAGUACUCCAAAACCAGGCGUAAUAAAAAAAAAUGAUUUUUCUAAAGGUGCAGAUAGCUUUGCUGAUUCACAUAAUCUGCCAAUAGCAGUGAACAAGUCAAAUUUUACGAGACAUAAAUCAGAAAGUUUGAAUGACUUAUCUGAUACAAAGAUAGUCUCGAGUAGAAUGAGCAUUGCCGAAGUCGCAUCUAAAUCUAAUCAUGAUAAUUCAGUCAAGUUCAAGGAGAGUAUUGAAACAGACGAUAGGGAAGAACUGACUGGAAGUAUUAUAAAGAAUCGGCAGGCAUGGAAGCUGAUUCCAUUGAAUCAGACGGCUUACAUGCUUAGUAAUGAAACUCCCGUCACUAAGUAUCUUAAGAAGUCUAAAUUGAACGAUUCAGCCCCUGAUUCAGAAAUAAGGAGGAGUGGUGUUGUUCGAGCGGAAGCUUCAUUGGAUAAAAGUGAUUUGACAAAUAAAAAAUCAAUCAAGAAAUUUAAGAAGAUGCAAGAAUCAGAUGAGGGUGAGGAAGAGGAAGCGGAGGAGAAGAAAAAAGCAGUGGUUCAUACUUCAUUGAAUGAUAGAAAAUCAAAAAAACGUAAACUACAUGAUAUAUCAAAUCCGACUUCAAGUAACGAGGAUAGUAUAUUGAAAACGACGAAAAAGAAACGAGCUCGAAUCGAGGAAUCAAUAAUUGAAGAAGCAUCCCAAUUACAAAUUGAGAAUAAAAAACCUGAGAAUGUGCAAAAAAAGAAAAAGAAAGAGAUAAACGAUAAAAACCUGAAAACAGAAGAAUACGUUGUAGAGGCAACUGAGCCUGAUGUCAUGAAGGUUGCGCAACAGGGUAAAAAGAAGAAAAAGAAGAAGAAGAAGAACAACGACAACAACAACAAGAAUAAUAAUAAUAUGGAAAUAGAUCAAAGUAUCGAAGAAAUAGCUGUGCCCGACAUCGUGAAGGAUGCUCAACAGACUAAGAAAGAAAAAAAGAAUAAGUGUAAGGAGGUACAGCAGCAAUUGCUAGAGAGAUCGCAAAGUACAGACGAUAAAAAAAUGAAAAAGAAUAAAGAAAAACAGCAAGCUAAGUGUAUUCAUAAAAAUAAACAAGAGGGCCAAGAAGUCUCGAAUAUCGAAGUAACGAAACAGAAGAAAAAGAAGGUUCGUUCUAACGACGAUCGAUUUGAUCAAAAGCAAUUAGAUGUUGAGCCAAUGAAGUCGCAAAUAAAGUCGAAUGUUACUUCGGAUACGAGAAAUCAGCAACAACCAAAACAAUUAAAAAAAAAAAAGAGAUUGAUAGAUGAAGAUGUGGAUGAUGAAAAUGCCCCAGAAAGCAUGGGUUUCGAGGAAGCUCGUAGCUCUGUUUUGACAGCGAUGCAACGAGAAGUAGAAGCCAUUCGGGCCCAAAAACUUGCGCGCAGGAAAAAGCAAAAGAUCGAGCCGACGGCGCCGGCCGAAAAGACGAGCUUGAAACGUCUGCCCGAUAAAGUACUAAAAGCUCUUACAGAUGAGUCUACUGCAAAGAAGAGCAGUAAGCAGCGUAAAAAGCCUAAAAACAAGGCAGAUGCCAAAGUCGCCGUACCCUCGACGUCGAUGUUCAGCCCCGGGAAAAAGGCGCCAGCAAAUCUCGAAGUUGACGACGGCUACGUAUCACUUAAUUUGGAUGGUGGUACAACGCAAUUUGGCGUUGUUAACCUCGAAAAGGCCAAAAAGUUCACGAAAAAGAAUGCCGCUGUUAUAUCUUUCCGCGAGAAGAUGCUUUCGAGGAAUUUAAGACAGCCUACUGCGACCUAUCUUAUGUAUUUAAAAAAGCAAAAAUCCAAAACGUCACUCUGAGAGUGUACAUGAAAGCACUUGAACCUACGGUGAACACUUGAAAUUUCCAAUACAUUUUAUACUUGUUAAGUUAGAUAUAAUUUAUGCAAGUUUUUGCUUGAUUUUUAAAUCGAUUUUAUUAUCAUUUUAGUUUUGUGGGUGAAUUUUGGAGAUUACGAAAUCCGAGAAUACUUUGAAAAUUUUGUGACAAUAUUUGUUUAAUUUACUUUUAU